AUGUCUGGCCGCGCUUUAUAUACUCAUCCUGUGCGGAUGAAAGAUCCCAACUCCAGAAACACGAGCUCAUCGUUCAGCACCACCUUCGUAUUCGCUAUGGUUCCUUCUUCCUCCGAUCCUCCACGCAGCGGGCACGGGAUGGCCUUUAUGAUCACACCCACCAAGUUUCCAGUGGAGCAGUCAUCGUCUCACUUCCUCGGUUUGUUGAAGAGUUCCAGCGUAGGGAAGCCUGAAAAUCAUCUCUUUGCCGUCGAGUUCGACACAAUCCUCAACGAGGACUGCCAAGACAUCAACGACAAUCAUGUCGGCGUGGAUCUCAACGACCUCAACUCUGUAAAGGCUGAAAUAGCCGGCUACAGGAUUAGCAACCAGUUGCAUGAAAUAGAUCUCAACAGUGGUCACAAUAUCCAGGCUUGGAUCGACUAUGAUCAUAUGCAACAGGAAUUGAAUGUCACAAUUGUAGAAGCCGGUUCAGUUCGACCCAAAGAGCCUCUUAUAUCUCUCAAGAUUAUGACUCUGUCCAAUAUUUUCGAAGAAGAAAUGUACGUUGGUUUCUCUGCAGCACCGGGAACCGUCGUUCAAGACCACUGUGUCCUCGCCUGGAGCUUCAGCACAAAUGGAUCCUCACCUGAGCUGGAUAUAUCUCAUCUUCCUUCCCUCAUUAUGCGUAAGGAUUCCAACUCUCGACUUAUUAUCGAAAUUACUACAGCUUUGGUACUUGUGUUGUCUUUUCUGAUUGCUGCAGGGGUUUUUGGGCGGAAGAGAAAUAAGUACAGAGACGUUAUAGAAGAAUGGGAGAUGGAGUAUUGGCCUCACAGGUUUAAAUACAAAGACCUGCAUAUUGCAACCAAAGGCUUCCGAGACGAACAAGUUUUGGGCUGUGGAGGUUUCGGUCGGGUGUACAAAGGAGUCGUCCCUGCUAGCGGCCUUGAAGUUGCUGUAAAGUCCAUCUUUAAAGAAUGA